AUGGAGGAGGAAAAACUCCGAAAAGGAGGAUGCAGCACAUGGCAUCCCCAGGAUGCCCUGGUCGGGGGUCCAGGUACCGCCCAUGCGUCCCACAGCCCCCAGCUCUUCAGCCCCGUUCCCAGUGCCCUGGGUCCUGCCUCUGUAACAUGCUGCCCAGUGAGUCUCUGCUCAAGCCACCCCACGUGCAGUGACACUGCCUUCAGGGCGCACCCUGUGGGUUCUGAAGGCAAUGCAGCCUCUAAGCAAAGGAAGAAAACCCGGAAAAGGGCCUCUGUGGUGAAUGGAGGCAGGAAGCCCUCACAAAAGUCUGCCCCAGAGGAAUCUCCUGCAAGCGCUGAGGCCCACGUGGAGCAGCUGGUCUAGGCGCUGGCCUGGUGCAUAGAGCAGCUGGAGCUAGGCCUCAGGACCCAGAGACCCAGCCCAAAACAGAAAGAGCAAGUUACUGGGGCAAUUCGGAUCCUGCACAGCGAAAGAACUUCUUUGCCCCAGAAGAGGUUGCUGAUGCAUUCCUCGUUUGGGGACUCUCCGGCUGAGAUGGAAGCAGAGCGGUGCCAGGCCCCGCGGGCCCUCAGGGCUAGCCCACUGGCACAGGUGCAGCCUGUAGGUGAGGCCACCAGAAAGAAGAGCCGAAGGGUCUGUAGGCCUCGCCCAGUUGGUGGAGCCAAGGCCACCCUGGACACCCCUGUUGAAGAGUUUAGGUUCAAUUUCUUUUAA